AUCGGCGUGUAGGGGCGUCGUUGCUGCGUGCAAUGUGUAUCGUGUAGGCGUUGGCGAGGAGGAGACAAGUCGGGGAUGUGUCCGUAAAAAACUUGCGGUUUCUGCGUACUCUGCCGCACGUGCACGCUCGAAAUCGUGUUCCGUGAACGAUCGAAUCCCGACAAAAUUAUACUGCAUGCCUGCAUUGUUCGAAAGCGUAUUGCGAACGGGUCUAACAAUUACAGGCAAGGAAAAAAAAGUGUAGCCAGUGCUCCGUAUAUUCUUUCGUUUCUUCGAAAGGCCGCGUACCGUGCGUAUAUAUUUCGGUCUUUUGUCGCGGACGUUUAAGACGCGAGCAAAUAACUCGAAUCAGAGAAAUCGUCUAUUUGAUUCUACGGAGACGAACGACGUGCUGUAGAAACGACGCCCGUACCAGGAUGCUAGGACAUCUCCAAAGGGCCAUUGAGUUGAUCGGUGUUACUCGUGUGAAUUGAUUUCAACUCGAUCCGUAGUAAACGAGAGCAAAGCCUUGCAACGGAAAGAAAGAAAGGAAGGAAGAAAGAAAGCGCAAAAGAUUUGUUUCUACAGAAAGAUAAAGAUAGAGAGACGACAGGGAGGAACCCGAGGAGAGAAAGAAUCCGACGGAGAGUGUGUGUACAGGAGAUGUUUGGAAUCUUGAGACAAGAUCCUGGUGCGGGAGGAUUUCACUAUCAGCGACUACGAUCGAACGUAUUAUCACACGGUGGAUUCUUCGGCGUAUGAGACAGCAUUCACCGAGAGCAAUCAUAAAUAUAUCGGCGCUGAAUCGUGUUCGUGAAAAAACAGUGUUGUGGAAGAAAACGUGCGGUGGACAGAGAGGGUGGAUGACACACACGGGACGCGUAUCGGCCGGCCGAGGGAACGAAUUUGCGGAUUCGUCGCCGGUAUAUUACGUCGUGCGACGAAGCUUCUUGGAAUGUGACGAGGGACUUCCGGCGUGGGAAAUAUCGUAGAAAAGGAGACGUCAUCAUUGACUGCUGAGCCGCAAGAGACGAAAAAUCAGCUGGUAUGUCAAAUAAUCAGCUGGUUGACUCCUGUCUGCUGGUGAAUCGUCGAAUCGUCGAGAGACAGGAGCACAGUAUAACGCACACUGAGAUCACACAGAGACGCGUUCUCCAGGAGAAGGGCCCCGACAUGCCGCAAUACACCGGACAGAGUGAUGCAGAUUACCACGGAAGUAACGGCCAGGCGGACACCCAUUCGUUGCAUUCGUCUCAUUUGUCUGUCCAAGAGGAUCCAUUACUUAUCCGCAGCCAUAAGCAGCAAACUACUCAACAAGUGACAAACGUGUCGAAGGUUGUUCGCGAGGUAUCACACAUGGAGCCAGAUCCAGGCGCAGUGAGUUACAUGUCAGUUCCAUUGAUGUCUCAGGAUUAUCAGCACGCGGACCGACGAUACCCGGCGGACUCGUACAUGGUCGGUUUUGAACAUUACGAGCCGUACCUCGGCUAUCCGCCACAGCCAGGGUAUCCGGGUCCGCAUGGUAUCUACAUGCCACGCUCGCAUUCUCCUCACAGUCCUCAUAGUCCUUCUGAGCAUAGUCGUGCCUCGCCUCCGCAUGAAUACCUACGUAAGGCGGCGCCAUAUGUGGAAGGCGGUUACAACGACAUCGAUCCAGGUUUGAACCCCGCGUUGCAAGAUCAUUAUCGUAUUACUCCUAGUCCUGGUGGUCCCGGAGAUCAAUAUGAUCAAAUCAGCAACUCUUGGAAUAUGGAUGACUCUGGCGAACCCUCUCAGCAUCCUCAUGACGAGAAUAAAGUGGCUUACGGUUACGUGUCUCCGUCCCCUUAUGGACCUGUUGGAUACGGCCCUGGCGUCGGGGUAGGUCCAGUCGCAGUUCCUAGCGAUGUGCCCGGUUACGACGAAGGCCAUCCGGUCCCACUCACCUCUGGAGUUCCCCCGGGAAUGUUUGACGAUGAGGUUCAUCUUCAACGGCUACAAUCUCGACAUCCGGUGGUGCCCGGCAUGGCUAGUCCAUUGGACGAUGAUCAGAAGUCCAUGAGAUGGCGAGAUCCGAACUUGUCGGAGGUGAUCGGCUUCCUGAGUAAUCCGAACAACAUCAUCAAGGCGAACGCUGCCGCGUAUCUGCAGCAUCUAUGCUACAUGGACGAUCCAAAUAAGCAGAAGACGCGAAGUCUAGGUGGAAUACCACCGUUAGUGCAAUUAUUGGAUCACGAUAAUCCAGACGUGUAUAGGAAUGCAUGUGGCGCGCUGCGGAAUUUGUCUUACGGCAGACAGAAUGACGAAAACAAGAGGGCUAUCAAGAACGCCGGCGGUGUUCCGGCCUUGAUCAAUUUAUUACGUAGGACAUCUGACGCGGACGUGAAGGAACUGGUGACGGGGGUUCUUUGGAAUUUAUCCUCGUGCGAGGACCUUAAGAAAUCCAUCAUCGAUGAUGGCGUAACGAUGGUGGUGAACAACAUAAUUAUCCCGCACAGUGGUUGGGAUCCAAGCUCUUCCAGUGGCGAGACAUGCUGGUCGACCGUGUUCAGAAAUGCAUCUGGCGUCUUAAGAAACGUCUCUAGCGCUGGCGAGUAUGCGAGGAAGAAACUGCGCGAGUGCGAAGGUUUGGUCGACGCUCUUCUUUACGUAGUACGAUCCGCCAUCGAGAAGUCGAAUAUCGGGAACAAGAUCGUAGAGAACUGUGUGUGUAUUCUGCGGAACCUGAGUUAUCGGUGUCAGGAGGUGGAGGACCCAAACUACGACAAACAUCCGAUUCAGUCGACCGUUCAGAACAGGGUAGCUGCUCCAGUCAAAGCAUACAGUUUAUGUCAAGGUGAAAAUUUGGGUUGCUUUGGCGGCAGCAAGAAGAAGAAGGAUGGUCAACCAGUGCAAAAGGAAACGACCGCAUCUCGCACUACCAGCCCUAGAACGGAACCUGUCAGAGGAAUGGAGCUACUCUGGCAACCAGAAGUAGUACAGUCUUAUUUGAAAUUGCUGCAGACAUGCUCGAAUCCGGAGACUCUCGAGGCGGCGGCUGGAGCGCUUCAAAACCUCGCAGCCUGCUACUGGCAGCCAAGUAUUGAAAUUCGCGCGGCUGUGAGGAAGGAGAAGGGACUUCCCAUUUUGGUGGAGUUGUUGCGGAUGGAGGUGGACCGUGUAGUCUGUGCUGUGGCCACAGCUCUAAGAAAUCUAGCGAUAGACCAGCGUAACAAGGAGCUGAUCGGAAAAUACGCGAUGCGUGAUCUCAUUCAGAAGUUACCUUCAGGAAAUAACCAGCAUGAUCAAGGAACAAGUGACGACACAAUCGCCGCCGUUCUCGCCACAUUGAACGAGGUGAUCAAGAAAAACGCCGAGUUCUCGCGAUCUCUGUUGGAUGCUGGCGGUGUCGACAGAUUGAUGAACAUUACUAGGCAACGUCAGAAAUACACGCCUCGUGUUCUUAAAUUUGCAGGACAAGUUUUGUUCACAAUGUGGCAACACCAAGAGCUGAGAGACGUUUACAAGAAGCACGGCUGGAAAGAGCAAGAUUUCGUCACGAAAACGGUGGCAGCGCGGAAUUCAGGGCCUAAUUCACCUAACAAUGCCAAUAGCUAUGAUUGUAGCACCCUAAACCGACCGAUGGCGAGUCAAGGGAGCACCAGAUACGAGGACAGAACGAUUCAGAGAGCGAACAUGAAUUCGAAUAACGUCGGUCGACCCACUAUAUAUCAGCCUCAACCGAAACCCGGUGAGCCGCUCUACGCGCAAGUUAACUUGGAGAAGAAAAAGAAGCGGCAGUAUGAGCUGGGGGUGGGCCAGGCGCAGGGUCAGGGCCCGGUCGUCGGCUCGGGAGUGGGCGUCGCGGCCGGUGCACCUACGGCUGGUCAGUGGGUAGCCGAUGGUGUUGGUGUUCCCGAUGGCUCGGCCGCCAGCGCAACGGUAAACGUUCCACCGAAUUCGACUGCCGCCUCAGCCGGCGAUUCCUGGGUAUAACAGGGUGUCCAUGGUCCAGCCGCCGUCCAGGGGGCAGCCAUCCUUCCCCCGAGGCUGCUGUACGCAUAGAAGACGAUUUCGCGAUUCCCAGUUGCGGGAAUCAUCGAAAGACGGACGAGGACUCUGUGUCUGAAACGUAAAAGGAGAAACAAGGGAAAUAGUAGAAAUUAAUCUUGCCGAUUUUUUGCUGGAUGAUGGAUAGAGAAGACUGGACAGGGCAUUGAGGACAAGGAUGGAUGAUAGGAUUCUUGGUUUUGUAUUUUCGGUUAGGUCGUUACUGCACUGAGAAUGAUACGCGUUGUUGGAAGAUACGAUGUAUAUUGGAGGGAACCGGAAGACUGAGGACAAGAAGGGUAUAGAGGUGUUAGUGGCUGAGACACGGAAGCCUCUUAAAUAAGCUUCCAUGGAAGUUUAGAUCACCGAGUAUCUGCUUAAGACGGUCUUACCAAGAAAUGAAUAUAUAACAAUUGAAAAAGAAAUAUAAAAAAGAAUUCGCACUCCGCACCCCACGUUAUCGAUGUAUACUAGACACGGAAAGCGACUUGUCCGACCACAUCCGCAGCAGUAGUCGCACUAAUGGCUCUAAACCUUCAUUGCACAAUUCUAAAUUAAUAUAUACACUAUAUAUAUAAAUAUAUAUAUAUAUAUAAAUAUUAUAUAUAUACAUGUAUAUGUAUAUUUUAAGGCGGUACCCUUAGAGAAAGGACCCGUAUUACAAAAGUACUACUAAGGUUAAGUAGUCGGUAUUACUACAAACGAUUAUAUUAAUAAUAUCAAUGUUAAUGAUAUUAAUAUUAUUAAUAUUAUUAAUAAUAUCAGCGAGUAACGCGGUCGCGAGGCUGUCGCUAUAAAUAUAGGAGGGUAUAAAGAUGAAUGAAUAUAUAUAUAUAUAUAUAAAUAUAAAUAUAUCAUAUAGGUAUAUCAUACACGUUAACUGCUACACCGACACACACACACAUACAAACAAACACACACAGACACACACACCAGACACAUACGUUAGGGGGGUGUAUCGAUUAAGCUACGUUAUUGUAUUAUGUAAACUUCUGAGGCUGUGGGUGUGGCAUGUAACGAGGAUACCGAAUAUUUGCGAGUUGCACUUUGUUUUUUUGUUCUCCGAGUUUUCCAAUCGGUUGGAUCGCGCGAAACAAAGAGUGCAUGGGAAAGAAACAAAAAGAAUGCGAGCGAGUGUGUAAACUAGCAUGAUACUUUCGCGUUUGGGUGCCGAUAUAAAAAUGUCCACUCGUAAACGUAAAAGCGUAAGGAAGAAUAAGAAAAUGGGGAAAAGUGGAGGGACGAGCACCCUCGUCGAGAACCACGUUGCCAAUAGAUGAGAUCGAUUGGAUCCCAUCGUGCAAAAAAUCUGUUGUCGUUCUCGAGGAUGGUUGCUCGGUUGAAACGCGAAGAAAAGAAUAAAAAGCUAAGACGAAAGAGAUAGAAAUGGAUUACUCGUUGGUCCUCUAGACACACGAUUAUCAAGGUUCUUCGCUGUUACGUUUCGUCAUAUUCUAAUGUAUUGCUGUCGUGUAAAUGGUUGAAAUGAAAAAGAGAUAAGAAAAGAUAUAGAAAUGCAAUCGAAAUUAGAUGGAGACCAAGUGAACGAGAAAGAAUCGACGAAAAGGGGGAUUAAAGAAAGAUAGGGUGCGAAUGAGCAGAGAGAGGAAAUAUGUGAUGUUCAAUGUUAUCGAAUGUUUGACAGAGAUGACGCUAUUGAUAGCCGAUAUACAUAUUAUAUAUAUAUAGAUAUAUAUACAUAUAUAUUAUAUGUAUACAAAUAAAUAUAUCCUUGUUCUAUUUCUUAAAUAAUAUUAUUACGACAGUUGAAAAAAAUCGAUUGUGUUCGCGAUUAUAGCUACUGAGAGAAAGUAUAACACCAACGCGGGGACAAAAGAAUUAUAAUUCUCCCUCGUCGAUUCAGAAUUAUAUAUACAUAUGUAUGUGUGUGUAUAUAGAUGCUUCGCGCAGUAUGCACGUCACGAUCGACUAAUUAAAUGAAUAAGCGAAUAAAUAAAAAGAAAAAAAAAGAACAAUCAUCGAUCUCGUCGAUCGUCUCGCGUAACCGGUCCAAACGUUCGUUCAUUCUCUAAGCGUACUUUUUCGAUAUCUAUCAACCGCGUAGUCGUUCGUAACAGCCUAACUUUUGUACAUAUUCAUCCUUCAUAUUCAGGCGAAUUUAUUCGCUUUUUUCUCAUUAAUCGAACGAACGACGAGAUCGAAUUAAGGACAAACGAGCGAAUUGAUGAUGGUGACCAUAGAAAACUGGUACCAACGAUCGUCGACGUGCCACCGGAAGCGGAAGCUGUAUCGCCGUUACCCUGCCAGAUAUCAGUCGCGUCAGGAUCGACCCUCCUCGAGAAGGGAUCGGGCGAAAGCUCGUGCGAUCGUUUCUGUUACGACGAAAGAACGACCUGUAACGUCAUUAAUAAUAUCGUAACAAUGUUUUGAUAUUUCGAUAAAAUAUCACGAACUAUAUAUCAUAUACUAUUUAUACAAGCGCUUUCGAACGAAUGCUGUGAAUGCACCCAUUGCGCGGAAUAUCCACAGUCAUAAGUGAGUCGUAACGAUAUUCUACCGCCUAUGGGUAUUCGAUUUACGAUCGGAUGGGAUUCUCGCGUUAAUUACGAUCAAACAUGCCGAUACACCGUCUUUUGUGUCUGGCCACUGUUGCGCUAUCGUUACGAUGAUUCAUAACACGAUUUCGAACAGAAACGAGCGCGCGAUCGCGAUUAAUAUCGAGAUAGCGGGCCGAUAAUGGGUAACAAACCGCGCCUCUUCGCGAAUCGAGAGGCACCCUUCGAGCUUAUCGUUCGGACUGCUAGCAGAUCAUCUACGCGCGCGAAUUUGCCGCGAGAACCUCUUAGAGGACCUUGGACCAUUCCGCUCAAUGUGACACACGCGGCUCUGAUAAAUUUCUGUCCUUUUCUCGCUCGUGUCUUCGACGAAUUUCGAAUCCGAAGUUUUCUGAAAUUCGAAUCGAGGAUGAUGUGUUGCGUACCCUCGAUGACUUUGCAAAGUUUGGAAUUGACAUCGUAGUUCGAGAUCUUUGCUGAAAUUUCAGCAAGUUUUAGACCUUGACGAUUGAUUUUGGGAUCUUUCUUCGCUCUUCUUUUUGCACGAAGGCAUUUCUUGAGAAAUCUCACACGAUCAGUUACGUGGACUAUCGAGAUAAAAUAUCUAGAAAUACAGACAAAUACGUUUCGAUAUUUCGUCUAUCUAAGGAAGAGUUCGAAUUGAAUUUAACGAUGGAAACACGAGGCGAGGAAGGGACGAUAGAACAAAUUAAUCGCGAUCCUCUUCGACGAUUCGAAAGAUCCUUGUUGAAGCGUGGUGGAUUAAUUGUUACGUCGUCGGAGGAUCGACAGAGCCGCCACUAUUGACUCGAACGAACCGAAAUUUUGAUAUCCGCUUUUCAUUGUUUUCGUGUACCAACGUUUCUAAUUUUCUACGAGAAUUAACGAGCAAGAGAGAAUUGACGGAGGGAGACGGAAGAUUUUUGUAAACGUAGUCCGUGGAGCGAGCGACGUGGUCGCAGAAAAAAGAAAAAAAGAAAAAAAUGAAAAAACGACACGCUUUCGAGGAAAGAAGAUACUACAAUGCGUAGAACGAUCGAAGGCUGAUCAGUGAAAUUGAGAAAUUUGUAUCUACGUAGUUAAAGAAGGAAAUCUAUGCUCUGCCGAGAAAAUCAUCUUAUUUGAAGUACUUCUCCCUUGAGCUUUUAUGAUUUUGUAAUGUUCGUUACGCGAUUUUUAACUAUUAUUGUGAUAUCGCAUUAUCACCUACUCGUUUCACUUUGAAAAUUAAAUUUCGUUUUAGAGUGACAAAUCGUAUUUUCGUUGUAAUCUAACAGCGUAAAUGAGAACAACGCGAUCAAAGUUUUGACAAUUAGACGAAUCUUAUUUCUAAAAUGUACAUUUGUGAAUUCGACGUUUAUUCAAGCUAUCAUUUGUAUUUUUAUUAUUGUCUUGCCCAAUAGUUUUCCCAACUUAGUGAAGAUAUUUUCUUGGUGAAACGUUAAUCCACACGGAAGUUUUUUAAUUUUUUAAUCGAAUACAAUUUCUCGGCACCGCAAUAUAUUACCUUCGUAGUAUACUUAAAAAUGGGCCUUGUAAACAAUUUCAAAAGGCUAACUUUAUUUACGUUCUCGGCUCAUUCCGUUGUUCGUUGCGCGAUAUACCUAAGUACGUGCAGACUUUUAUCGAAAUUAUCCUUAAACAGAAACUUAUAUUUGUGUCUUUGUACGAGGCUCGUUCGAUUUCUCGAGGUACCUUCAGAUAUAUCACAUAUAUUUUCCUUUCUCUUAUUUUUCAAAGAUUUUCCUUUUUUUGGAACAAUGGCAGCUAUUAUGGCAGUUAUUUUUUAAUAAAGUUUCUGUAUCUGUAUGCAGAAUACUUUGUAAAGAAGCUUCGCGCAAAUCGAACGUGAAUCUAUUUUGUACAAUUCGAAUAUUUCUGAACGUUUUAUAUCCAGUGGCUGUUAUAAUUUAUUAAUUCUAUAAAAUAGAUUCAAGAUUCUGUUUAUCGAAAUCGCUUGAACACGCGAGUCCUUUCAAAAAGGAUUCGACGGUAGAUCGACGAAUCGAUCGAUACGCUGUUACGAAGGUUUCAGCCUACGGUUUCUAAUGGAUAAGAAGAAAAGGAUCAAAAAGAAAAGAAGCACCGAGAAGCGAUGCGUCUGGAAUUUUUUUAACGACGUCGUGUUUUACUAACGAAUUUUUACGCCGUUUUUUACACGAUUCUUACCGGCCUAAGGAGCUGUCUUUUCCACGAACAGCGAUCCAAGCUGUUUGCGUUGCUGCUUUCUCGCGGAACUAAUCGCGAAUCGAUCUCGAUCCUUUGAAUUAAAACAUACCGUUUGUUAAACGAACAUUGAAAAUCGGAAUGAUUUUUCUUCGACUAUUUGUCUUGAAAAUAACAGAAAUUAUUUUCCUUUCCCAUUAAUCCAAACCUCCCUUGUCUUGAUAAUCAAGUUUCGCAAUAUUCAUAACGAUAUUAACCAACUAUCGUUAGAUUUUUGAAAUGUCAUUAUAUACAUAUAUUUCUACAUUCUAAAUACAUGUCAAAUUGGAAAAUCAAAACUCAAAUACAUUACUGGGGAUUUACUGGGGAUUUACUGGGUUUACUGGGGAUUUGAAUAAUUUCGUUCGUUUCGGUAACCAAUUUCACCGAGCUAGAAAAAUUCUAAAAUAUUUGUGAACCGUCAUUGAAAUUCUCUGUUUUUACAUAUUGAGUAUCCAUAAAAUUCGCGAGAUUAAAGCUUAAACAUUUCACAUUUCAUUACGUACAUAUCAAUAAUCUGUGCGGAUGAUUUUAACAAUCAAACGCGAUCGAUUUCGAUUUUCGAGUUGUUCCGACCGAAGAUCCAAAAUUCAUCCUUCACCGCGAUCAUCGUCACCGAUCACUCAAAGAAGACUGAUAGCGCAAAACUCGAGUGAUUCCAUUAGACCGCUCCAUCAAGAAUCGAUUUCGAAAAGAGGGAAUAUGAAGAAUGAAACGGAUCGAGGAGACCAGGAAACGGAUACGAGGGAAACUUUGCAACACAUCCACGUGAAAGUUAUAAGCCAACUAGCAGGACGAACCAACGGUUGACCUCGAAGCAACACAGAGGGAAAUUUCGAAUUUUCACCGUCAAAAAGGAGGCGGAGAACAGUGAGCGAGUGCGAGAGCAAGAGUGAGAGAGAGCGUGUGUGUAAGAAAGAGAGAAAGAGAGAGAAAAGAAAAAGGGAAAAUGGCGAAAGACUACGAGUAAAAGCGAGGGGGAUGCGAAAUACAAGAAGGAAAAUGCCAGAAAGAAUUUCAUGCAUUUCAUAUACAUACAAACAUACACGUUACGUAUACAUACACGCAUACGUAUACACAUAAUGUGAGAAAGGAAGAAUGAAUGACAAAUAGAGAGAAAGUAAAAACGAGCAAGAAUGAGAGAGAGAGAGAGAGAGAGAGAGAGAGACAGACAGAGAGAAAGAAUGACACAAACACGUGCAUAACAAAUAGAAAAAAAAUGAUAGGCUACAGUGCUGCAUACGUAUUUAAAUUAAAGGAGCAUUAAAUAAGCAUGGAUGUGCAUUUUAGAUGUAUUAGAGGAGUUUCACCACACAUUUAGUAUUAGUUGUAAAACGUUGUAGUCCGACUUGGGGAGAAUCUUUGGAAGUUGCGUUUUCUUCGAGAAAAUUUGCCUUCUUUAAUUCUUUCGAGUAGAUUUUUUUUAUUGCAAAAGAAUUUCUAAGCUUUCAAUGCAUUAUUUAUUUCAUCUUAUAAAUGGCUCGUCAAAAUGAAUUUCUCUUUCUUAAGGAACCUGCAGCAAGUUACUAAAAGAAUUCUAAUAUUAAUCGGAUAAUUUUAGUCCGAUUGUUCCUUGAUUUUACGAUAGAUAACAUCGAUAAGAUUGUUUUUUCUCGAAGGUUUCUCCUCAGUCGUCUCCCUCGAGAGAAACGCGGUGGAGAUUAUCAUUGUCAUGAUCAUUAUCACUGUCAUCGCCGUUUUUAUUUAACUUGUACGUGUUUUACGCAAUCUAUCGACGACAAGCAAGUACUAAAUGAAGUAGGUAUAUAAUAUAUAUAAUUUGUUAAGACGGGGAACGAAGAGCAAACAUAUUGUCAUUAUUUUAUUGACGUCGUAUUAUUUAUAUCGAAGGAGUACCAUAGUAUAUACAAUAAUUAUUAACGAUAAAAGAUCGACUAGUGUAUUUCGAACCCGACUGACAACAAUUAAAGAAUUUAAUUGCGCUGAAA